AUGGACCCCCCGCGCUCCCCCUUCGAAGCUCUUUAUGGAGAACUUUGGGACUCUUUGAAUCGCUUUGACUCUUUGAUGCAGCAGCACAGCUUUUUCAGUCCCGGCUUUUGGUGGCGGCCGUACCGCAGCAGCGAGGCGCAGCAGCAGCAGCAGCAGCUGCAGCAGCAGCAGCAGCAGCUGCAGGACCAGCAGCAGCGGCAGCUGGCGGGGGCGGGGCCGGCGGCUGCGCCGCAGCAGGGGCUGCUGGCCCCCUGGAGCAGCAGCAGCAGCGGGCUGCUGCAGUGGCCCCACAGCAGCAGCAGCAGCAGCAACUGGCUCGGCCACAGCAGCAGCAGCAGCUGCAUCCCCCGCCUCGACAUCAAAGACACGGGAGACAAUUUGCUGCUGCAUGCAGACUUGCCGGGACUUGACAAGAAAGACAUAAAAGUGGAGACGCAAAACGGGCGGUUGAUAAUCCGCGGACACAGCAGCAGCAGCAGCAGCAGCAGCAGCAGCAGCAGCCCGCAGCAGCAGCAGCAGCAGCAGCAAGACGGCCGCUGGUUCGUGCAGGAACGCUGCAGCAGCAGCUUCUUCAGAAGCCUCCCGCUGCCCCCCGAGGCGCAGCAGGAAAAAAUAACAGCAAAUUAUAAUAAUGGAGUUUUGGAAAUAAAACGGCAGCAGAAGCUUCAUGACCAUCAGCAGCAGCAUGCCCAGCAGCAGCACAAGCAGCAGCAACAGCAACAGCAGCAGCACAAGCAGCAGCAGCAGCAGCAGCAGCAGCAGCAGGCGAUGCGCGCUUUGCUGCUGGGCGUCUUAAGCGGCCGUUUGCCUUUGGGUUUGUGGAGUGUCUCUUCGCCAAUAUGCCGCCCUAGAGGCCCACCCCGCAGCAGCAGCAGCAGCAGCAGCAGCAGCAGCAGCAGCAGCAGCAGCAGCAGCGAGGGCCUCUACAGACUGGCUGGCAGCCCCAAAGAAGGCCUCGAAGCAGCAACAGAAUUUGGGGCUUUUUUAGCAGCAAAUUUAAACGGCCAGGAAGUGACCCUUUGCUACAUUUCCCUGCUCGCAGGGUCCCUUCACUCCGUGCGGCUGCAUGCGCUGUCGCUGGGGCACCCAGUGCUGGGGUGUACGUACACCGCAGCCUGCCGCAGCUUCUGUGGGGCCCCACAAGCAGCUGUGGGGCCCCAACUGCAGCAGCAGCUGCUGCUGCUGCACUCCCAACUCGCGAAGCAAACCCGAGACACUCACGCCGAACACAAGCAGCAGCAGCAGCAGCAGCAGCAAGAGCUGCAGCAGCAGCUGCUGCAGCAGCAGCUGCUGCAGCAGCAGAACCUGCUGCAGCAGCAGAACCUGCUGCAACAGCAGGACCUGCUGAAGCAGCAAGGCCUGCUGCAGCAGCAGAACCUGCUGCAGCAGCAGGAGCCGCUGCAGCAGCAGGACCUGCUGCAGCAGCAGGAGCUGCUGCAGCAGCAGGACCUGCUGCAGCAGCAGCAGCCACUGAUGUUGCUUCCUCUGUGGAUCUCUGAGCCGUGGGGAGACCUAAAUUUGUGGAAAGAAAAAAAGACAAAAAAAGAAAAUAAAAAAAAGAUUUAUUUAAAUAAAAAGAUUUAUUUAAAUAAAAGUUUUAAUCCUCUUUUGCAUGCAAUCUCUCUCCAAACAGACAAAGGCCCCCUCACCCUAGCAGCAGCAGCAGCAGCAGCAGCAGCAGCAGCAGCAGCAGCAGCAGACAACGCGCGCGCUAUUGCUGCGGGAACAGAAGCUCAAGCAGCAGCAGCAGCAGCAGCAGCAGCAGCCGAGGCAGCAGCAGCAACGCCUCCGGCACCAGCUGCACCUCCAGCAUCAGCAGCAGCAGCAGCUCCUUCAGCAGCAGCAGCAGCAGCAGCAGCAGCAGCAGCAGCAGAGUGCGAAUCCGUUUGCUGCUGCGCCGAAAUUAAAACAAAUCCUCUAUCCAUUUGCUUCUGCUGCUCGCACGUAGCCGCAGCAGCAGCAGCAGCAGCAGCAGCAACAGUGGCAGCAGCAGCAGCAGCAAUACUUGCAGCAGCAGCAGCAGCAAUCGUAGCAGCAGCAGCAGCAAUCGUAGCAGCUGCGGCGGCAAUAGUAGCAGCAAAGGCAGCACUAGCAAUAGUAGGUGCAGCAGCAGCAACAUUAGCAGCAGCAGCAGCACUACUGGCAGCAGCAGCAGCAGCAGAAAUACUUGCAGCAGCAACAGCAGCAAUACUAGCAGCAGCAGCAGCAGCAAUACUAGCAGCAGCAGCAGCAGCAGCAGCAUUUUUGCAUGACUACUGCGACAUCCAUAGAGGCUCAUAUUUAUUUUUGAAUUAA